UCUUCCGAUUCAGAAUCCUCCGAUAUCAGCAGAAGAAGGCAUCGGCCCCCUCCGCCACCUCCUCCUCCGCUCUUUGGAGCUAAACCUAAGACGAAAAAGAAGAAGAAGCUACCUCCUCAAGAAACCAUCAACAAGAUAUGGGAGAAGUUUUCUGUGCCCAAAUUCAGCAAAGCGACUGUCAUUUUGCCAUUUGCUACCCCCACUACCAAGAGCUCCCCCGACCCCUCCACGAAAGAGGUACCCAAGCUCGAGCGAACCAAUCUCCUCGUCUCCGAAGACUUCGAAAGAGCUGUACAAGAAUGUCGAAAAAGAGUACAAAAGCUUAUAAAGGAGUGUCGGCGAGUCAAUAUGCGAUAUCGAGACCCAGACUUCGAUAUCGAUUGGGAUCUGAAGUGGGAGAAGGGAUAUUGCCUCAACGGUCUUGGAGAGUGCAAAUUCGAUAUCAAUGGACGAGCAUUCACGAAUCCAACUUCGAAUGUCCCCAAGUCUGUGAAGAGAGUACACGAAAUAUACGACAAGCCUACUUUCUUGAAGGACAAGAUAUCUCCUGCAGAUGUCAAGCAAGGAAGCUUGGGAGACUGUUGGUUGAUGGCUAGUCUCACCGCCUUGGCUAAUAUGGAAGUUGGGAUUCAGAGGAUAUGUGUUGAAUAUGAUACCAAAAUCGGGAUAUACGGUUUCGUAUUUCAUCGCGACGGCGAUUGGAUAAUAUCCAUAAUUGAUGACAAGCUGUAUUUGAAGUCACCAGACUGGGAUUCUCCAUCUGUUCAACGCCAUUUGCUGGAGCAAACCGACCGAGAAGAUGUCGAGACCGAAUAUCGAAAAACAUAUCAAACCGGAUCUCAGGCAUUGUUCUUCGCUCAAUGUAAAGACCAGAAUGAGACAUGGCUACCUCUUCUUGAGAAAGCUUACGCAAAGGCACAUGGUGAUUACGCUGCCUUGGGCGGCGGAUGGAUUGGCGAAGGAGUUGAAGAUCUCACCGGCGGUGUUACUACGGAACUUUUGACGUCUGAUAUUCUGGACACUGAAAGUUUCUGGCACGAUGAAAUCAUGAAAGUCAACAAGGAAUUUCUGUUCGGCUGCUCUACUGGUCUUCUUGGUGGUGGCUACGGCAAUCGAGAUGGGAUAUCUGAGGGCCAUGCGUAUGUCAUUAUGGAAGCACGAGAAAUCUCAACUGGUCAACGCUUACUCAAACUUCGUAAUCCCUGGGGUAAAGGAAAGAAAGGGAAUUGGGAAGGUCCUUGGUCUGAUGGCAGCAAGGAAUUCACGCCGGAGAUUCAAUUGGAAUUAGACCACAAGUUUGGCUCCGAUAGCGUGUUUUGGAUCUCUUAUGAGGAUCUUCUUCGAAAAUACCAGCAUUUCGAUCGCACGCGUCUCUUCAUGGACUCUCCAGAUUGGCGAAUUACCCAGAAUUGGAUCUCUAUAGAGGUACCCUGGAAAGCCGAAUUCGAACAGAAGUUCCGCAUCAUCUUGACAAAAGAGUCACCUGUGGUCCUCGUUCUCAGUCAAAUUGACGAUCGUUAUUUCAACGGCCUUCAGGGUCAAUAUAACUUCCGACUGCAAUUUCGUCUACAUGAAGUCGACUCACCAGACGAGAACGAUUAUAUUGUCCGUAGCCAUGGCAAUUAUCUAAUGGAAAGAAGCGUUGUUGCUGAGCUGAAGAGCUUACCCGCAGGGACCUACUCUGUCUUCAUUCAAAUUGUUGCAGAUCGUCACAUUAGUUCACGGCAAUCGGUAGAAGAUGUCAUUAAGUAUCAAACUCGACGCAGGACCGACAAUGAGAAACUGGCUCAAGUCGGCAUGUCCUAUGAUCUGGCUCAUAGCAAAGGUGCGGUGCAUAUGGAAUCGAAAGUGGCACGUCGCAAGGCUCAAGAGAAGGCAAAGGCUCGUGAAGCCCGGAUCGCUACUAGACGCAAGGCUUGGCAGAAGAGACAUCUAAGCCGAGACAUCUUGAAGAAGCAGGAGAAGAAAAACCGGGAAAAGCGGGAACGGAAAGAAGCAAAAGAUGAGGCAGAGGCAAGAGAAGAAGAAGAGAACGAGCCAAAGGACCAAGCAGUUCAGACUGAGGACAUCAAGGAGGAAGCUUCGACCAAAGAAGACAGAGGUAUACAGACAGAUGACCGAAGCACAUCAAGUGCUGAAUCUGAGCAAACAAUUAAAGAGCCAGCCUCCGAAGCGGUGAACGACACCGACAAAGGUGUACAAACCGAUGAUAUGUCAGUUACUGACGUUUCGCAAUUUACGCCUGAUACACCACGUGGUAGUUCGAUCACAAAUUCUCCACGCGAAGAAGUUAUCAUACUCGAAAGAUCUGGUCCUCCACCUCCUCAUGUCUACGUACAGGAGCGGAAGCAUUCACCUCAACGCCAGCAAUACAUCACUUCAGAUGGAGAAUCCAGUGCUAGCCCUAUAUCCGACUUCGAUGAUAUGUAUUCUGACGACGAUCCUACCUUGCGACCACGACCAAGUCCGAAUACGGGAAGCACACCUGCCCCGGCUAAGUCCAAAGAUAAAGAAGAAGAGGAAGAUGACGAGCCUGAUCCAUGGAAUGCGGUCUGUAUUGUUGGCUUUAGGGUGUAUAGCAAAGAUGAAGGCCUCUGUCUGAAAAUCUACGACGAAGAUGAAGAGGAGGAA